AUGACAUUUUCUUGUCUGUUGAUGAUCCUCCUUGUGUACUUCAACGGAGCCCUUUCAGCACUUUCAGAUGUUCCUGAGACAUAUGAGUACAUUGUAGUAGGAUCCGGUCCAGGUGGCGGUCCGCUCGCUGCCAAUCUUGCCCGGGAUGGCCACACAGUCUUGCUCAUUGAAGCUGGCGACGACCAAGCUGAUAAUGUCAACUCAUACAUGGUCUACAACAAUACACCGGCUAUCAAUGAUCCACUCACGCGAUGGGACUUCUUCGUCACGCGAGACACGCCAGAGAUUGACAAGCUCUACGACUUCACAACCUGGAACACAACCGACGGCGACUUCUACGUUGGGUUGGAUCCACCUUCUGGCUCUACGCGACUUGGCGUCUACUAUCCUCGAGCUGGUGUACUUGGCGGCUGCGCUAUGCAUAACGCGGCUACAAUCUCUUUGCCUGCGGAUGUGGACUGGCAGGACAUCGCAGAUCUGACUGGAGAUGAGACAUGGUCGCCAGCAAACAUGCGCAAGUAUCUUGUCAGACUAGAGCGAUGCAACUAUCUUGUCAACGGAAGUACUGCAUCUCACGGCUUCACGGGAUAUCUCGAUACCUCUCAAAGUGACUACUCCUGGGCUCUCAAUGAGUCGGAUGUGUCUACACUGGCUACGCAUGCGUCCACAGCUCUCGGGUAUCCGCCAGAUAUCAACUCCACCGAGCUUGCGGAGCUACUGCGGAGGGAUAUCAAUUCGGACGACGGGGAACGUGAUAACCUCCUCGGGGUGUUUACACCUCACACCCACUCUCGGAAUGGUGUGCGGUCCAGUCCAAGUAAUUACAUUCGGGCGACCGUGGAUGACGAGAGAAAGUUCCCGUUGACACUCCAACUAAACACCCUUGCGACGAAGAUCAUAUUCGACCAGCCCGCAGAUGGAAACACCGCGCCACGUGCGGUUGGAGUAGAGUACCUUCAAGGUCAAAGCCUCUACUCAACAGAUCCUCGUCAUGAUCCUUCCCAGAUCGGGGUCCCUGGCAAGGCCUUUGCGUCGAAGGAGGUCAUCAUUGCUGGCGGUGUCUUCAAUACCCCGCAACUUCUCAAACUUAGCGGUGUCGGCCCAGCGGACGAGCUGUCAAAGUUUGACAUCCCUCUCGUCAAAGACAUUCCUGGUGUCGGCAUUAACAUACACGACAACCUCGAGGGAGUCAUCUACGGCACGUUCGAAAAGCCAGUAGUUGGGUUCUGGGACAUGUUCAUGCGAACCUCGGUCGCCGAGCGCACGCGGGAUAUACACUUCUACUGCGGGAGCUUCAACUUCAUUGGUUUCUUCCCCGGUAUGCCGGGUUGGGCGGAGAACGAGUUUGAGUGUGGCUUCAUGCAGAUCCACCCGCGAAACAUCAACGGCACCGUCAAACUAAGAUCCACCGAUCCCCGUGAGGCUCCCAACAUACAUCUUGGGUUCUUUUCUCAAGGCGAUGACGCCGACCUUGACUCUAUGGUGGAGGCGAUCAACCUUGCGAGGUCCGUUCUUACCAACCUCACUGACAACACGUUCACUGAGCACCGACCUUGUCGUCAAGGUGCUACGAGCUGCAUGAACGAGGAGCAAAAGGCUUUCCUUCGAGCUCAGACCUACUCUCAUCAUGUUACUGGAUCCUGCGCAAUCGGGGCAGAUGAUGACCGGAUGGCUGUGUUAGACUCCAAUUUCCGCGUGCGUGGAAUACAGGGGCUUCGGGUCGUUGAUGGAUCCGUCUUUCCGGUCCAGCCUGGAGAGGUGCCAACACUGGCUACUUUCAUGAUCAGCGAGAAAGCAUUGGAUGAUAUUCUUGCGGAUGCUUAG